GAAGUAGGAAUGAAUGCGGAAGCGCAGCUGCAGCCUGAGCACAGAUCAGUGCGUGUCAGUGAAGUUGAGUCACUGUCGUUCAGUUUGUGAAAGUUUAAUAGAGUCGGUUUAAUAAACAGUCAGACUGUGCAGGCUGUUUACCUGUAGCACCGUACCAUUCAUUUUAAUUUGUCAUAUUCUUUGUGGUGAAGCUCGUGGCUGACUGAACUCACCUGGCUUCAUCCUGACAGGUGAACUGUGUCUGACACAACAUGUCGUGAUGAUGGAGAACAUCCGGUCACGUCUGAAGUUUGUGAAUAAAGUCGAAGAUGUGAAACUGAGGAAACGAAAAUCACAGCUGUACUCAAAGGAAGAUGAAUCUGCUCAUGACAACGGUGUGCUGAGAGCCAGACUGGCCGUGUUUUGUGUGGUCUUCAGGCUGAUCAACUGCCUCCUGGUUCAGACCAGCUUCGUCCCUGAUGAGUACUGGCAGUCUGUGGAGGUUUCACAUCGGAUGGUCUUCAACUAUGGGUAUCUAACCUGGGAGUGGAAGGCAGGACUAAGAGGAUUCUCCUAUCCACUCCUGUUUGCAGUAAUAUACAAGAUAUUACACGUCAUAAACUACGACUCAGUCUAUCUCCUGAUAUGGCUUCCACGAAUAAUUCAAGCACUCUUGGCUGCGUUUGCAGAUGUAAAAUUCUUCUUCCUCGUCCAAUCUUUGGAAAGUCGCGAUGUUGCAAAGUGGACGUUUUUCUGCCAUCUGUGCUCGUGGUUCUCAUGGUACUGCUGCACUAGGACUCUGACCAACAGCAUGGAGACCACUAUCACCUGUCUGGCUCUUUUUUACUUCCCCCUUCCUGGGUCCAAAACACACAGCAGCAAAAAAUAUUUGAGCCUGGUCGCCUUGGCUGUUAUUGUCCGACCGACAGCCCUGAUCGUGUGGUUUCCUCUGCUGUUGUACCAUUUCUGGCAGGAAGAUAACAAACUGAGACUCAUCACUCAUAAAUUCAUUCCUAUAGGAGCUGUGGCUGUCGUGAUUUCAACAGUGAUCGACUGUAUAUUCUAUGAAAAGUGGACCGUGGUCCAGUUCACCUUCCUAAAGUUUAACAUCUUCUACGGUGUGGCUGAUUUCUAUGGCUCCCAUCCCUGGCACUGGUACUUCACUCAGGGGUUCGCCGUCGUGAUCGGUCCUCAUCUUCCUCUCUUCCUCUGCGGGUGCACCCUCGCCUUCAGGAGGUAUAAAAUCCUGUUAGCAGCAGUCAUUUGGACACUCGUGGUUUACAGUUUGCUUCCUCACAAAGAGUUCAGGUUCAUCUAUCCGGUGCUGCCGUUCUGUAUGGUCUUCUGUGGGAUCUCCUUGGCUAAUUUGAAAGCGUGGCGACGAACAGCUGCAUUCGCGUUGUUGCUCAGCAACCUGGUUGCAGCUCUGUACACCGGUCUGAUCCACCAGAGAGGCACUCUGGAUGUCAUGAGUCAUCUACAGACACUGUGUAACGUCAGGGGCAUCUCCAGCCCUCCGCAGCCAGACAUCCUCUUCCUCAUGCCCUGCCACUCAACACCUUUUUACAGUCACGUCCACUGCCCGAUGAAGAUGAGGUUUCUCGAGUGUCCUCCAGACCUCGGCGAGGAAGGUUACGUCGACGAAGCCGACAGAUUCUAUGACAACCCUCUGCACUGGCUCAGGACUUCGUUUCCAUACAAAUCUUCUCUUCCGACGCAUCUGGUUUUGUUUGACGUCUUGGAGAAGGAAAUCUCUGUAUUUUUGCAAGGCAAUAACUUUGUGAGGACAGCAGAGAUAUUUCACACUCAUUUUCCUGAAGGGAAAGUUGGAGGAAGCAUCUUUAUUUAUGAAAGGCACUGACACUGGAACAAUGGCAAUUUUCUUUUCUCAAUUACAUGUCAUAACAUGUGAAUUUGCUACGGUAAUAAACAUUUUAAACUCAAAUGUUUUUUUUUGUUUUUUUUUAAAUAUAAAAAUAUCAGAUGUGUUUUUUUAAUUUCAGCCAAAUUUGGUGUGCCGUGAUUUUUCAGUAAUUUUCUUUAAACAUGUAAAUAAAACAAAUAAAGCUGCUAUGUCCAGUUAAAACAAGCUAGAGGUGGAAUGUUAGGAAACUGCAUUUUAACACAGAAAGCAAAUUACAACUGGUCACACAAGCUUGUAGCAGCAACUUAAAAACUACAUGACUGUACACCAAAACAUUCAAAAUGUGGCAUGUCUUUCAGUUUGUUUUUGUUUUUUUACAUA